AUGGCGCUCCCAGUUCCGAAAACGAUGUUUCAGCACAUGCUGAAAGAAGGAGCCAAGGUAUGUGUGGAUGUUUAAUAGAUGAAAGCAACUUAUCAUAUUUUGUUAUUCCUUGGUUUAAGUGCUAGUUGAUUGCGAUGGGAUGUAUGGGGUUGUGUGUUAGCUCAAGUCACCUCCAUCACCGGUGGUUUUUGCACGUGCGUUUGGAAGUGUCAGAUUUAACAGAACCAUCACUGAUAAAGUACAUAACGCAACUGUAUUAAGACUUAAGAUUUUGUGAAGGUGACCAGCAAUCUUCGGGAGGGUUUAGGGCUACACAACAGUGAAAGAACCCACUUUUUUGCUCGAAUCACCAUACCUUGGUUUUUUGUUGAGUUGAUGUUCGGCACAGGUUUGUACAAUGUACUUGUGUGUAAACUAUAUUUUAUUGUUACAUUGAAAAUAGGGAGCAAGGGAAACCUUAAGUGAAAAGUGCAGGCUUAUUUCUGGAUUUAUUGGAAUUUGUUACAUUUAGCCAACAUGGUGACAGGGGAUGAAACAGGGGUCAUUUUGAUAACACUUUUACAAUUUAUUAUUGCAACAUUAUAAUUUGCAAGUGAAGAAAUUGUCUUAAAGUCUGAAAUCAAAAGCUACACUUGUAAAGUAAACUUCUAAAAGUUUUAUAAAAUUGACCCCAGGAUUACCGGUAAUGCCUGUAUUAGCCACAAAGCCCAUGAAAUGUUGUCUACACCACCAUGGUCUAUGUCCCCUACUCUUUACAAACAGCAGUGUGGGUUCUUUUCAACCACAAGAACAGUGAAAGAGCUGCAGACUUGCCAACCCCCAAGAGACAAAAAUCUUGAGAUUCUGAACCUAGAGCUGGGAAAAGAAGUGAGAAGUAGGGAAAAGUUGUGAUAUGUCCCAAAUUUCUCAAUGGAAGGACUUCCAGCUGGGAUUAUUGGCAUUAGAAGUCACGUAUCAUUUUAAAGCUACAAUCUUGGAUCAAAUGCAUUUGCUAGGCAUUUUCUUUCGAUUGAGUUUGCUACAGUACCGCUCAAAAGUAAGUUGACACUCGAAGCUCAAAACUCGAGACUUGAUCCUUGUUGGGAAACAAACCUUACUGAUGCUCCUACAAUUAUUUGGAAAAUGACUUUUCCAGAAAGCAUGAGACAUCCAUUGUCAACUUGAGAGAGCCUUUGUUAGCUCCUAAAGUCUUGAGUGUCAAGUUUUUGAGAGCUGGCUUACGGUUUUUCAUCCUGUUUUGACAAGACUAGAAUAUCUAACCAUUUGAAGAUGUCAGAACAAAGGCUGUAAAUUCUUCUCUGUUAUUUAAGAUCCGAAGGGUUAGUCCAGCCAGGGUUAACCGAUGGCAAACUGUCCCUGGUGUAUGGGGGAGUGUAACUAAUGUGAAACCUGUGAGCCAGAAGCAAUUUUGUGAGCUGUGAGCUUGUUUUUGUGUACUAUUUUUUGCAAUAUUUAACCUCCAAAUAGAUGCACUUUAGUUGUUUAGUUAUUUAUCAUGUUUGCUGAAAUCCUGGUUGGAAAAUAUACAGAACAAGUUUUGCUAAGUUUCUGGAUUACUGCAAAGCAGAUGAAUGUGUUUUAAAUAACAAUUAUUUAACAUUAUGUGUGUUUUUAUCAGCAUUACUCAGGUCUUGAUGAUGCUGUUUACAGAAACAUUCAAGCCUGCAGAGAGCUUACACAGAAAACAAGAUCUUCCUUAGGACCAAAUGGUAGGCAUUGAUUUUUUUAAAAUCACCUUUCUGGUUUUUAUACCUAUAAUUGUCUAAGAUGAUUUACUCAUAAUGCGCUUGCUAUUCCUUAGCAUUAAAUGAAAAUUUUAAAGAAUUCAGCAAAAUACAUAAAAAUUUUAAAAUGGGCAGGAUUUGAGUUGAGAGUGCAGAACUGCUAUAUAUUGUGGUGUGAAAUAAUGCAUUGGAUUUUGAUGGCCAUGCAGUAGCCCCCAUCAACCUUCCAUCAAACAUAAUACAUGUAAUUUCAAAAUGAAGUGCAGUAUGCACCCUAUGGUGGGCUGAAAGUUUAGCUUGAUAAAAAUGUUUUGACAAUAAUUUACAUGUAUAAGUGCCAGAAUUUCUGAUUAUAAUCGUAAGUGAUGUACUGUAGCUCUACUACUCUUCAUCAUGCUAUUUUGUUUGUUCCAAUUAUUAGACACAAACUUGAAUGCCAUAGUGUUUAAAUGUAUUUAAGAUGUGUUAAAUAAUGGUAAAUGAAACGAGGUGAACAUUGGGCUAUGUUUUGCAUUUGUCUACUAUUAUUUAUGCUGCUGACUGUAAAGUUACUCCUAUCUUGAGAAGUAUUUGUAGACAAUUUUUAAAAAUAACAUUAGGGUGUAUUCAAUUGAUCAAUCAUACUUUCGAAUAAAAAUACUAGAGAAAAAUCAAUAUGCUUUGGCUUUCAUUUCAUGGUUAACUCCAGAACUUUGUUGGACAUUGUUAAUUUAGAUGCAUGUAGCUUUCCAGUCAUCCAAAAAAUUUGUAGUUGAGAUCUUCAACAAUUUGUUACCUCACUAGGCUUUGCCACAGGCAGCCCAAUAAAAAGUUAAUUGGGUCACAACUAACUCACAAAACUUACAAAGCAAAAGCUUCUUGUGAAUUGUGUUUGGCAGGCUAAAGUCAUCAGUAUAAAGGCUUGUCCUCCCUCAUUCAUGUAUAGCAGUCUUGAGAUGAAGCUAUAAAAACCUUUUUAGCUUGAUUGUGUAAGUUAGAUUCAUACUCGUGUAGUUUAAAACAGUUAAUAAUUAAUUAUAAUAUUAAUCUUGUGAUUUUAAAAGGCAUGAACAAAAUGGUUGUCAAUCAUUUGGAGAAGUUGUUUGUCACAAAUGAUGCAGCUACAAUAAUCAAGGAAUUAGAGGUAUGGCUUAAAUAAUAAUAUACCAGUGAUACUGACUAGCAGGAACUUUUAACCUUUAUAGAAAACUGAAAUUAGUAUUAAUAUGUAAUAUAUGGAACAUGUUGCCAUGGAAGUGGCUGUUACAGUGCGGCACAAGAUCAAUAGCCCAGUAAAUGUCUGAAACAGAUAAUUUAUACCAAACUUGACAGGUUUAAGAAUCCCAACUGACCGAAGGCACACCAGCUGGCUAUUUGCAAGUGUUGCUGUGGAUUUGAUCCAGGGAGUACCAAGAACAAAUGCAGCAAGUGGUCAGGGCAUAUUUCAUCAGCCACCCUGCCACUUGUUAUAGUUAACCCUUUUAGUAGCAGACUACUUAAUCUUCUAAUGAUCAAAUCUGCCUCAUUUACCAUUACACUUUCUACUAUUACUCUUGCGUUGAUGUAUACUCUUACCAUUUUUGUAGAGCUUUAGUAUAAUAUCUUACAAUGUGAGGGCUGAGCGCUCAAAAUCUCCAGAACUGAAUUAUUGAGUGAUCCUUUUUUUUUUGCAAUAUUAUUUAACUGGUAGUUAUUUUAGCCAUGGUUUUUUUGUAUUUGGCCAGGUACUGCUAAAAUGGUUUACACUGUAGUUUAAGUUUACGUUAAGUUUUUGUUUCAUUGUAAACUGACUUUGAUACAUGUACUACUAGGUUCAACACCCAGCAGCCAAAAUGUUGGUGCUAGCAUCACAAAUGCAAGAGCAGGAGGUAUGUAUAUCACAGUGGUGUGCCUGUCAUUGUUAAUAAUCAAUCAGGGAUCAAAAUACCACAGUUCUGUGUUAUAAUCGAUGAUGGAAUAUGUUGAAAUAAUGCUCAAUUGAUUAUUGUGGAAAAUAAGAAAAAAAUUGCUGCAAAUAAAGAUAUUGACACUGAUCAGGGGCAUAACAUCCUUUACGCACAUGCAUACAUUACUUAAGAAAUUGGUAAGUUUUGGUAAGAUUUUCUGUUAUAAGUAAAAGCCAUUUGCAGUGUCGUAACUUGACCUUGUAUUGUGCAGAUUUGUUCCUGUUUGUCUCGCUGUUAUUCCGCAACAUUUUACAUGAAAAAAACAAGUUACCCUUUGAGUAGUGGAAUAAGAUAAAUUUGAAACAUUCUUGAAGUGUUUCAGUGAUUUUGUUACAAAUAGUUAUGGUGAGUCCUGGAACUCAUCUUUUGAAAAAUUAUGAGUCCCAGUCCAGAGCCAUUGAGUCCCAGUUCAAAAAACAAUGAGUUCUAAACUGAAAAUGUUUGGGUUUUAAGUGACCAGGCAUUUACUGAAUCUGAAGACAGACUCAAAACUCUUUAUCACAGUUUACUGAAAUUGAAAUAUAGUCUUUCUAUUAAAACAACAAAGUUGAGGGGACUAAACUAAAUAUGCAUAAAGACUUCACUUCGUAAUAGGAUGACAGAUGAGUGACUUUCAUCCUUAUACAUAAAAACAAAGAAGUUAAAUAUAUGUUGAUAAUUUCAUCACUAAAUUUGCGUAUGAAAAGGGGAGGCGACUGGCCUUGUGCUUGUUAACACUCCAGAACCAGCUCAAAGAAGAAAGUUUUAAAAGCUUUUUUUAAUAUCAUGCUCUAUUGUAAACAAGCCGGUAAACUGCCAAGAUACAUUGUAUGUAUUAAAGAAAAGCAAAAAAUAAUGCUAUUUUGUACAAAGUUUUUAAUACCAUAUGGACCCCUGUGUGUACUUGCCAAAAUGGUGAUGCUACGCCCCUGCUCAUGUGUUGUCUUUGUAAUUGACCAUUAAUUAAGCUAUGGCCCAUUGAUAACCCUUUCUUGAUACAGUUUUUGUAUGUUUCAUCAUGUCACAUCAUGUGGUACAAUGGCUAAAUACUUACUUGCUUUGUUUUGUGCAAUAAUAUUUUUUAUUAGUUGACUCUUGAUAACUCGAACCUCGAGCUAACUUGGACCAAAAUUGAUUUCCCUUAGAUUUGCUUCAUACAUUUACUAUAAUUUUACUCUCAGUAACUCGAACCCUCGAUAGCUUGAACCUCCUGCUAACUCAAAGUAAUUUUUGUUUCCCUUCAGAUCAUUCCUAUAAAUACCCUCAAUAACUCAAACCAUGCUUUAAGCACCUGACAAGUGGAAAAAUGUGAACUACAGUCUGAAACAUUGAAGUUAUUUUAACAACCAUUUAUUCUUUGUCUUUACUUUUUUGUCGGUCCAGUUUAAAUACAGCAGUGUCCAGCACUGUGUAUUUAUCAAGUUUUGCAUGUUACUUGCAUUCAUUCCCCACCCCAUUUCCUCCUUUCGGGUUAUUUGCUUCGUACUCCUGAUAACUCAAACUCCUGCUGACUCGAACUUUUUUCAAUUUCCCUGAAAGGUUCAAGUUAUCGGGAGUCGACUGUACUUUAACUUGAACACAGGAUGGUGAAAAAUGAAUGAAAUGUAACAGAUGAUUGAUCUGUUGGGUUAAUCUGAAGAUUUUUUGAUGUAAUAUAUCAAGCAUGAGAUGCAGUGUUUCAUCACCAGAUGAAACACCGAGAAGAGAGGUGAAAAUAUGCUGGCAGGGGUGUAUUUUUGAUGAACUUUGAGGUGUUUCAUCUGAAUGCUUGAUUUAGAAGGAGAAGUUAAGAAUGCAAAAAUGAGCAAUUUUUCAUCUGAUUUCCAGACACUCAGUAAACAUUAAGUUCCUUUGUAUUUUCUUUAUGAAUAAUUUUAUUAAUGAGUUUGGGAAGAUCAUUUAUGAAAUCUCAGCCAAUUCCCAGCACUAAGUACACUAUGUUACUGCAGAUUUCUAGUUGAUGCUCAUUGUAACUGUGCAGUGCACUGUUAUAAAUGCAUUUUUUGCAUUGAUGGUUGGUCUAUGCGACAUGAGGGCUACAGCUGUAACAUGUAAUUUAAUUGAAAAAUUCAUUUAAACAUAAUAUUAUCAAUUUAUUAUUAUUUUCUUUUAAUUUUUCAGGUCGGAGAUGGCACAAAUUUUGUUUUAGUCUUUGCUGGUGCUCUUCUUGAUGCUGCUGAGGGGCUUCUGAGGACGGUAAAAUUGGCUUAGUUUGUUGUUUGGCUUAAUUUUGUGUUUGUAAUAAUCAACGCAACCUUAGCACGUGAAAGACUCCAGUUUGUUUAUGAAGUAUUAUUAUUAUUAUUAUUCUACAAAAACAUCUUCAGAUCGAUUGAUUGAUCUUUGUGUCCCACGAGAUGCAUGCCAUGAAUAAUUUUGCAUCUUUGGUGCUUUUUAUGCAUCAGGAACGCAGGACGCAGAGGUAAAAAAAAUUACUGAACCGUGUAUAUUUCCCUAGGGUGACCAUUAGACACAGGUUUGACUUGAUGGGGGUCUUAAUAGUACUAUUUCUCACGGUAUUGCUAUUCCAUAUUUUCAAACAUGCUCAGUGAUAAUGAAUAAUUUUGCCUUGUUAGGGUCUCUCCCCUCCUGAGGUCAUAGAAGGUUAUGAAAAAGCAUGCAAGAAGGCUCUAGAAAUAUUACCAGGUAUGUAGAGUGGUCAGGUACCUGUGCAUUUGAGCACCUUUUCACCCUUUAAACCCUAUUAGGCUGAUUUAGCAACAGAACGGGAACAUCAUUAUUUUGACGAUGGGAAAGCGUGCGGAAAGGACUAAACUCGACUUCCGGUGCCCAAUUAGCAGCUCUGUCAUUGGUCAAGCCAGUUGUUUGAUUUGCGCGUUCCGUCAUCAACUGGUGUUCCUGUAAUAUUUGCAGCUAAGCUAAACAGUCACUUGCCAAGCCACAGUAGGUCCUUCUAUUAUGUUAAAGUGAGAUAAACAUGUGGAAACAUGGUGGACAAGGUGCACAGGGGUUAGCAUAGGAUAGUACACACUGGCCAUGCAGACUUCAUUGGCUCAAAAUGUGCCUUUUGAAUUUCAUUGUAUGUUAAUAAUACUAACAAUGAUAAUAAUGGAAACUUUAUUUGUGUUUUUGAAUGUACAAUUGUAAAUCUUGCUACGUAUAGGCAAUUUACAAAUGCUGCUUAAGAUUGGAUUAUUAAAGAAACAAAGCAAAACAAAACAAAACAAAAACAAAAACAAAAAGAAAAGAAAUCAAAAUUCCAUUAAGUCUGGGCUAUUCCAAUUCCUACAUGUAUUUCUACAACAAAAGAUGUAAUAUGUUGCUCUAAUGGCUAUAUUUAUCAUUUUCUUGAUUAUAUAAAGUUGCUGCUUUUUUUCAAUGUCAUUUAUCAUGUCUAAAUAAUAAUAAUAAUAAUAAUAAUAAUAGUUAUUAUUAUGAAGUCGCCAGUGCUCUUUAAAAAAAAGUUAUUAUUAUUAAUAAUAAUAGUAGUGUGAUAUUAUUAUCAUUAUAUUAUUUCUUUCUUUCUUUCUUUUCAGAAUUGACCUGUUCUAGUUUAUCGGAUUUAAGAGACAAAGAUGAAGUUGCCAGUGCUCUUAGAACUGCAGUGGGUAGUAAACAGGUAUGUUGUUGCUAUCUUGUGAUUGUAUGCAUAGAACAUCAGUAAACUGUACCUAUUAUCUGUACCUUACAUGCUCUGCUUUCUUGAAACAAUGAACUGCUUCCUCUUACAGUACAUUUUGACUGCAGUCUUGCCAGUGUAGAAUUGUGUUGCGUAAGAGAUAGAGAUGACCAAACCACAAAAUAGAAAAAAAGCAUCUCUUUCUGAGCUGGAUUUCUUAAUGUAUGAAAGGUUUUUGGAGGGAUCUGAGGAAGCAAGUCACUUCUUAUUCAUUAUUAGAAUCUCCUUUUGAGCUCUCUUGUUUUUUUUUUGUGAAAUAAAGGAGAAUUUAGUAUAUGAUAGCAAUGCUGAUAUUGGAUAAUUUUCUUAUAAAUAUAAUUAUGUUCAUGCUUUUUUCUUUAGUAUGGCAAUGAGGAUUUCUUAUCAGAACUUAUUACAAAGGCUUGUGGUAAGUAAAACAAGUGUGCAAACCGUUUCCUACAUGAAGUUCCUAAAUACUGUAAGUAUCACGAUUAUGAAGUGGAAAGUGUACAUUAAUUUUUCACCUGCAGUAUCACAAGAGAGAUGUAAUAGGCAUCAAGUAUGGACUGACUGUAGUAGUUAAUCAGCAAUAAACAAAAAAAUUUGUUUUGGGUGCCUUGGUUGAACCUUUUUCCUCUUAAGGGAAAGAGCAAGGUGUCCAUUAGGCAUCAGAGAUCGGAGAAUUCUCCGUUUACUGCCCAGAAUUCUCCCACUAAGGUUCAUUAGCCUAUGAAUAUUUAUUAUUCUGCGUGGAGCCUCUUUUUAAAUAUUCUUCGCUGAUGUUACACCUUUUUCCUGCUACCAGAAUUCUUAUGGCCAAAUUUGUUGUAUCGCUGCGCAUUUGCAAACUUCGAAUGGGUUUUUCUGUUCCAUCAAUCAUUUGAGUGGGGGCGGAGUUAAUGCAAAUCACAACUCGCCCAGCUUGGCCCACAAAAACAAAACUGAGAAUGACUCUAGACUGCUCAAGAAUAGCGAAGGAAAUCACGAUGAUGAGUGGACGUUUUGUAGAGGGCAGGAGGCAGACAUUGUUUUAUUCUUGCAAGAGACUUGGAAGAAUAAGACAUCAGAAAAAUCUUUGAAGAAAACUAGUUGAUUAUUGCCUGAAAGAGGGCGAUCUCAAGCAACAAACGUUGAAAAACAGAAACAAACAAAGUGGAUCGAAAUGCAUCAAUCACAAGUAAACACGUGUUUCCUAAGAGGACCACUACGAUAACUGACGGAACAGAAAAACCCAAAAUUCUUUCUAAGUUUGCAAAACACGCAGCGUAAUAUUUAUGAAUUUGCCUAUAAUGAGUGCACUUUCCUUACUGCCAUGAAUAUUUGUUAAUUAUGUAUCUUUCUUUAGUAAUUCUCUUUACUUCAACCUUGAUUGAUGAUGUAGACUCUUGCAACUUACAUGAUACAAUUCCUGGAAUUUUCCAUGUCACCAAUAUUAGUUUUUACCCAGUUUUACGUUUUUUAAAAUCUUAGUAUAUUCUAUAUUUUCUUUUUCCUUUUUUAUUCCUUUACCAAAAUUAAUAUAAAAUUUAUAUACAUUCUAAGUAACCCUGGGAAAACAGCUGACAUUUGGCGAUGCUACCACUGGUUUCCCUGCCAAAGGACGUCUCAGAAACGAGCACAGAAAUUCCACACUGGUGAUGCGUCGCUUCUUAUUGGUUGAAUCAAAUUUCCCAUGCAGUACGACCAAUCAGAAGCACUACUCAGAUCAGGGUAGUGAUGCGUCAUCAGUGUGGAAUUUCUGCUCUCGUUUCUCAGACGACAUUUGGCACGGAAACCAGUGGCAGCGUCGCCAAAUGUUGGCUGUUUUCUCAAGCUAACUCUAAAUAUGUUAUUAAUAAUUUUUAGUUGCCCAAUGAAGUAACAUUCCUGCACAUAAGUACAAAAGAAGAGAGCAUUGUCUAACAACACAGUUGGAGACAUCACAAAUUGAUCAAGUCUAUAAAGUGGAAAUGAAAGUGCUUUAAAUUAAGGAGCUUAAGCUAGUUCAGGACAAAUACUUAUCAUUUUUUUGUUGCUUUGGUUCUCAGUCUCCAUCCUGCCACAGAAAGCUACAUUUAAUGUAGAUAAUGUGAGAGUAGCCAAGAUUUUGGUAAGUUUGAAAAGAUCUGAGGAAAAACCAUGUUAAGCUCUUCACCAUCCCUUAGAUUAUGCUAGGUUAGGGUAGGUUAACACUCCAUCUUGCAACUGAGUCAGAAUCCUAAUCAGAAGCACAAGUAUUAGGAAGUCGUACCCUUGAGUUUUCGUUGUACUCAUGGCUGUAUUCCCUAGGAUCUUGUGAAAACCAGAUUUUCAGGGUCAAAGAGAAGAAUCAAAAGAAGGUCUAUUGAUUUUUUCUUCCCUUUUUUACUUAUAAAUGAAGGGGAAAACACAUUAAAUUAUGCGUAAUAUACAUAAUUUAAAAGAAAAGAAUCUCAAAAGAUGAGGAAGUCUUAAGAAGCCACUUCCUCUAUACAUUAGAUUUAGUUGUUAGUAUAGUCAUUAAAAGAGAAAAGAAUUAAAGGAUAACAGCUUAUAAUAAAUUAAUUUACAAAAUGUAUGGAAAAUAUUUAAGGGAAAGUUAAUCAUCUAAUAAUUAGUAAUAAAUUACAAAUGAUUAAUUGAGAAUUCUGUAAAAUAAUUAAAUAUGAUUUAAGUAAACGUUUAAAGGUUCUUAUGUUAUUUGAUCUAAUUAUUGAGCGAGUUAAGGAGUUCCACAUUGUGUAGUCACUAUAGGUGGGACUGAGCCCUAGGAGGGGCUGAAGGGAAAUUGAGGUGGGGGUUUGCCACCUAGGCUCAUAUGCAAUAGCAUGUAUGAGUUAUCAGAAAACUUUCAUUUUAACUGUAUCUUAUUUAUGUAUUAUGAUAAUUCCUCAUAUGCAAAUGAUACUACCUUAAUAAGAUUGUUGUUGUCGUGUUAGGGUUCUGGUAUUCAUAGUUCAGAGGUUGUUCAAGGAAUGGUUUUCAAGCGAGAGGUUGAAGGUGAUAUUAAGGCACUUAAGGAUGCAAAAAUUGUAGCAUUUUCUUGUCCACUGGAUUCCAUGGCGACAGAAACUAAGGUGAGAUGAGUUAUUAGAUAAAAAAAUGUUUAUAACUGUGCAGAGAUCCAAGGAAUUGGGUCAAAUUCGCAGGCAUCUAAGCAUGACCACAUCAUGAAGUGAACAAACAUUUGAUGUUUUCAGCCUUUUUAUCACUUUUUAAAUAAUGAAGGUCUGUAAAUCAGACUUGUUGAAGGUUUUUGGAUGUAAGUAGCUUGCAAAUCUAGUUGUAUUUCCAGUUGUCACUUAUCUCAGCCCAAAAAGUGAUGUCUGCUCAUAAUAUUUAUGCCACAGAAAUGGUUUUGGGCUCCCACUUGCAGAGGUUACUUUUUGGUGAGAAAGAAGGGAAAAAUUAAACUAUUUCUGCAGUUGCUGGCUAGGUUAAUUGUUUACCACAUUCAAAGGGGCAAUGUCUAAUUAAUUUCAAUAUUUCAUAUGCUAAACAUGUGCUGACGUUGGACAAAAAAAAUCAGCUACUUUGCUCAGAGAAGUUGGCUAAUCCUCCCCCCUCCAAAAAAAAAUCAAUGAAAGAACUUUCAAACAUCAUUGAUACAGUCAAUUACACUACUCAUACCAGUUGCUUCUUCUAAGCUAGCCCUCACGUAGAUCAAACACAUUUACUUCAGAAAAGAAGAGUGAGCAAAAUGCAAGUUUAAGGGGAAAAUUGGGGGCUUAAAUGGUUGGACAUGAGAAAAUGGAUAAACUGAUGAAACACAGGUCAAAGGCAGAGGAUGUGUUGAUAACUAAAAUUAUCAAAAGGCUAGUCCUCACCCUUGGUAUGUUGAAUUAUUUGCUCUCAAUUUGUUCAGGGUACAGUGUUGAUCAGAAAUGCAGCAGAGUUAAAGAGCUUCAGCAAGGGAGAGGAAGAACACUUAGAAAAGGUAAGCUCCAGUAUCUUUGCAGCCGUCAUAGACAGAUGAAGCUGAUUUCAAGCUGAUUUCUAAGCUGAUUGCUUUCUUUGUGUCACAUAAAUCAGGCUGCCUUUUGCAUGAUCUUCCUGCAUGAAUUUGUCUGGUGGCAAUUGUUGGAGUAUUGUCAUCAGGUGCCUGUAUGAGCAAGGCUUUUGAGUCACUUAGCUUUCAGUUGGUCAUAAACGAACUACGCACCAUAAUUUUUAGGGAGUUACCGUAAAAUUCCGAAAAUAAGCCCCAGGGCUUAUAUUUUUCAAAGGCCCUUUUUGAGGGGCUUAUUUUUGGAGGGGCUUAUAUUCGGAGGGGCUUAUCUACGGAGGGAAAUUUGCGUUUCAAACUCGAUUGGGCUAACCUAAAAGUUGGAAGUAAAUUUACCAUUUUUUCUUUGUUUUACGUUGUAUUCGAGGGCAAUUUUCCAAGUACAAGCCCCUGGGGGGCUUAUAUUUGGAGGGGCGAUUUAACGGAGGGUUUUUUGCGUUACCGGUUUGGGGGGCUUAUAUUUGGAGGGGCUUAUACAUGGAGGGGCUUAUUUUCGGAAUUUUACGGUAUUACAACUCCAAAAAUGGAGUAAAAAUUUUAGGUACAGGAUAACCCCUUUUUGGGGGUUACUUUAACUCCUAAUUUAACUCCAAAUAAGGAGUUAAAUUAGCCCCACUAGAGGAGUUAUUGUAACUCCUUGAAAAUUACUGUGCAGGCUUACUAAUUCUCGGAUAAAAGUGUGCAAGCCAGAGGGAAGGGGUACUGAGACCAGUGACUGCGCGGAGGUAAAAAUAGGAUUUUCUCAGGGGUCCACAUUUGGACCACUUAUGUGGAAUUUUCUUUGAGAACGAUGUGCCUCACGUAAUAUUAGAGUCUAAUGCUUCAAAGUUAGUGGAUGUCCAUCAGGUCUACAGAGCAAAGAAAACAACUGAGACUGUAGAAAUACGAUCAUGAGAGGAUAAGAAAGUGGCACCAAGAAAAGCUAUUGAGUAAAGUCAUUUACAAUUAAGAUCAAGCUAUGGUUGUGUAAAAUGACUGGAAUUCAUAGGAAAAUAGGAAAGUUGAUCUAGGUAUUUGAGGUGACAAAGUGAAACAAAUACAGUCCAUUAAAAUCAUUGGUGUAAUCUUGACAGUAAUUAUAAGUGUUGCAUGUUAGAAAUACAGUAGUUAGGAUGGUCUAACCUAAAAUGUAUUUUGUUGUAGCAAAUCAAGGCUAUUGUCGAUGCUGGUGUUAACUGUAUUGUAACUGGUGGCAAGGUCGCUGAGAUGGCCCUUCACUUUUGUAACAAGUAUAACAUUUUAGUUGUCAGGUGUGUAUAACUUCUUUUGAGUUAUUAUCCUGAAGCACAAUGGACUCAUGUUGAUAUCAUUGUUUGCAGGCUAAAUUCAAAGUUUGAUUUGAGAAGACUCUGUCGAUCAGUUGGAGCUACAAUACUUCCCAAAUUUGUAAGUUUGCAUAAUAGCUUUUUUUUAUUCUCCCACCAUUGGCUACCUCGAUUUUCAGCCACUGAUCUAAAAGUAAGUCCGAGACUGAAAUCAAGAGAGCAGCGGAAGUUGAACUUACCAAGUUACAUCAGAAUGAAAAUAGUCUUCGGGCAAGUUCCCCAUUGGAGAAGAGUGCUGCUCCAAUCUUUGGCAGCUUUCGCACCCGUUGCUUUCAAUUGACGUUAUUUUUCUUGUAUGAAACUGGUUUCUUGUAGGGGGUGCUAAGUAAAUUUGAGCAACGCUCAAAAAAAUGUACUUCUGAUACCUUUUAUGAGACACUGGUUCUGUCAUUUCUAGAAGGACCAUUGAUGUCAUGAGACCUUGUUCCCAGAUUCCCUCGUCUUCUUGUCCCACUAGUAGUAGUAGUAGUAGUAGUAGUAGCAGCAGCAGCAGCAGCAGCCGCGUCGUCGUCGUCGUCGUCGCCGCCACCGCCGCCGCCGCCGCCGCCGAGCUAAUUUUCUGCUACUGCUACUGCUACUGCUACUGCUACUGUGCUACCACCGCCGCCGCCGCCGCCGGCGGCGGUGGUAGCACAGUAGCAGUAGCAGUAGCAGUAGUAGUAGCAGCAGUAACAGUAGUAAUUAUAAUAUCCCAGUAAGAAGAAUUAUCAUUCAACAAGCAGCGUUAAUCAUUUUGUUGAACUGAGCUUAGUCUUCGAGGUCUUGUGAAAAAUAGGGGGAAGACAGCACUAAAAAUCAUUGGUUACUGAAUACUUGUGUCUCCCAUCAUUCCAGACAACUCCCACAUCAGAGGAGAUAGGUCACUGUGAUGAAAUCAAGGUGUCAGAGAUUGGUGACACUUCGGUUACUAUUUUUAAACAAGGUACUAAACUACUUAAUAUAGCGAAGUGGAUUAUUCUUGCAAUCAAGAGAUGAUAAAGUUUAAGAGAAUGAAUCUCUCCUAUUGGCCUUACAUGAUGAUGCCGAUUGAUUUCGAUUCGCCCGAUGCGUAUUUGUCGUCUUUAAACCUGAGGAAAGAAAUAAGGGUGAAAAUACAGUGAAUGUACACAUGGAAUCCAAGCUUAACUAAAAUAACAUCUCCGAUAAGUAUGUUCUCCCUGUCUCGUUUGGGUGUUGUAUCUCAUUGGGCGAAUCGACUUACGUCCGGCGGAACGCCGUCCGGCGAAUUGACUUUCGGGCGAAAGGACCGCAAUUUAUACAUCCACACCCACGCAAAAGGAGCAUCUCAAGUCUCGUCGCCAGUCCUACUCAUUUCAUCUCCUGUAAUCUUGUGUCUUAGAGCGCGAGGAGACGGCUGUAUCUACUGUUGUAAUCCGGGGUUCCACCGAGAAUAUCAUGGACGAUAUUGAGCGAGCUGUUGAUGAUGGAGUGAACACGUUUAAAGCGCUCACCCGCGAUGAUCGCUUUGUACCAGGAGCUGGUGCCACGGAAAUUGAACUGGCUAAGCAGAUAUCCAGCUUUGGAGAGGUACGUUGAGUUACAGGUCUUGACAUAUACCUAUCAGUGUCACUCAGCUUUUGAAUUCAAAGUCGCUGAGGCUUGGUAAUUAUAUAUGUGAAACGUUUAACUUUACUGCACACGCUUUUCCUUUGUUACAAAGAAAGAUUUUAAAAGCCUGCUAUUGGUUUCCUAACUGCAGUUGAACCUCCAUGUGUGAAAAAGGCGCAGAAAAGGGGUUGGGGGAGGGGGGAAACACGAAAGGUAAAAAAUCCCCUCUCCCCAUUCCCUUCCCUAUCCGGCGCCCGCCCUUUAGACGCCUACAAGUAGGUGACAUGCGCCUCCUCUCCUAAGCGACCAGUUUGGAUGGUGGCUGUGGAGAGUCUUGACCGUGUGAACUUGUAUUGCGUACUAGCCGUUAACUGUUUUUCCUGUUUUCCGUCAGACUUGUGCAGGCCUUGAACAAUAUGCCAUCGACAAAUUUGCCGAAUCCUUGGAGGUUAUUCCCAGGACCCUCGCGGAAAAUGCUGGUGUGAAGCCCACAGAGUUGAUAUCUAAGCUCAAAGCUGCCCACCAGGGUGGGGAUAAAAAUGCUGGCUUUGAUAACGAGGUAUAGUUGAAGUCCUUAAUAACGUAAUGUAAAAUUUGAUUUCAACACGGAGAUAAUGAGCAGAAAAAUAGAACAUAGCUUGAAAAUCUUAGACGGUAGCCACAAAAAUAAAAUAAAUGUUAGAUAAUACUAAAAAUUUUCAAUUCGAUUUAAAAAAGAGAAGAAAACCAGAUAAGAAUAUGCUUAGUAUAGUGCACAUGCUAAAAAUUAUAUAGCUAAAAAAUAUAUAUUUACCAAUCCUGAAUCUAGUUGUUUGAUAAAGUUUUGUUGUUUUGUUGCCGACCGUAUUUGGUCUGUUAAGUUGUUCCGCAUCUUUGGGUCAUCGUUUAUAAAUGUGUUAGCGUAGAAUCUUGGAAUUUUUGUUUUGACCCUUUUAUUUUACAGUGGAAUCAUGAUUUUCAAACGCCUUUUUGGGAAAAGCUAAUUAGACCGAAUUAUCAAGAGGUUCGAAAAAUCGGGGAUGAAAAAGGUCAUUUCCGAGGGGGGACAAGUUCUAAUCUAACGUGGUGACACUGACAUAUAUGAUCUGACAUAACUUUGGAUGUGGUUUUUCUUAGGGUGGUGGAGCUGCAGUGAAAGACGCAGUAAAAGCAGGAAUCUUAGACUUGUAUCUUGUAAAGCACUGGGCUAUCAAGUUCGCGACUGAUGCUGCUGUUACAGUACUUAGAGUGGAUCAGGUAAGGGAACACAUUUGUGUCGUGCCGUAG